AUGACACUUUUUACGUCUGCACUGAAAAAGGAAGGACUGGUGUCAAUUGAGAAAGCAAAUCCUGUUAACUUAAAAAUACUGUGUGAAGAUGACUUGAAAAAAACAGAACAGGAAAAGACUGCGGAUUUUAGUGAGGAUAAAAAAGAGGAGGUGAAAGAAAAAACGAAAAAAAAUUCCAAAAAAUUAGUUCUGAAUAAAACAAAGAAAGCAAAAAAGACCCCAUCACAAGCUGACGAAAAAAAUUCGGAAAAGGGCGAACUAAUUAAAGUUGGAAAAAAGAAAAUUAACAAAAAGGAAGAGAACAAAAAGGAAGAAAACAAAAAGAGGGAGGAUAAAAAGGAAGAGGACAAAAAGGAAGAGGACAAAAAGGAAGAGGACAACAGGGAAGAGGAAAGAGAGGAAGUGCAAAACAAGGAAGAGGAAAGAGAGGAAGUGCAAAACAAGGAAGUGCAAAACAAGGAAGAGGAUAACAGGGAAGAGGAUAACAGGGAAGAGGAUAACAGGGAAGAGGAUAACAGGGAAGAGGACAACAGGGAAGAGGAUAACAGGGAAGAGGAUAACAGGGAAGAGGACAACAGGGAAGAGGAUAACAGGGAAGAGAACAACAAGGAAAAGAUAAAAAAGGAUGAAAAAAAAAAGAGAAGAAAGAGAAAAAGAAAGAACAAAAAUAGAAGACUUCUGAAAAGCGCAGAGGAAGAAGAGGAGAGCUCAAAAAAGAAAAAAGUUGUAAGCAAAAAGAAAAUAAAUAAAAAGGCGGAAAAAUCACAAAAAGAAAAUAAAAAAAGACAAAUAAAGAAUAAACGAAAUGGUACUAAAGGGGAGGACAGUUUGAAUAAGAAUAAUGAAAAUAAAAAAAAAGAAAGAUUUGAUAUACAUGCACUUAUUAAUAAUGAAGACAGUUUUAAGAACAUAAAGGAUAUUAAAUGCUUAAUAGUUUACAAAAGAUGGAAUAUGAAUAAAUCAAUAGACAUAUUUUACAGCAUAUUGAAAGGCUUAUAUGACAACAAAUUUUGGAAGCCAACAGAAAUUCAAAUGAAGACAUUGGAAGAGGCAAUAAGUUUUAAAAACGACAUCGUAGCUAUAUCAAAAACAGGUACAGGAAAAACAUUAACCUUCUGCUUGCCGAUAUUAAAUAAUUUAGUAAAGAAAAAAUUAAUGGAAUAUGCAAAAAAACAAAAAAGCCCACAAAAAUUUAGAGGUUUAAUAUUAGUACCAACCAGGGAAUUAGCUCUUCAGAUAUUAAACCAUUUCGGGUAUAUAAAUAAAUAUAUUAAUUUGUAUAUUACAACAUUAAUAGGAGGUAUAAAUAUUAACAAACAGAAAAGAAUUAUAUCCAAGAAACCAGAAAUAAUUAUAUGUACACCUGGAAGACUAAGAUAUUUCUUAGAAUUAGAGGAAAAAAUUAAUUAUAUAUUUGAAAUGAAAAACAUCAGAUAUUUUGCUUGCGAUGAAAUUGACAAAAUGAUUGAAACGUCGUUUAUAAAGGAUAUAAGCUUUAUUUCGAAACAUUUAUAUAAGUCUGUAGGGGGUAAGAAAAGAAAAUUUGUACAGACCUUUCUUAUAUCGGCUACAUUAGGUUUAACAGUUCAGCUGCAAAAUGAAAAUCUAGCUAAAUUUUUGAAUGUUGUUACAAUACGAAAGGAAAAUUCAACUGUUAUCAAUAUAUCGGAUGAAAAUGCAGGUAAUGGUAGUAAUUCUAAUUGCAUCUUACCAGCGGGUCUUACAUUAAAUAUAGCAAAAUGUGAAAAAUCGAAAAUUUUGCAAAAACUUUAUUAUUUGUUAACAUUAUAUUUUAACAAUGAAUUAACAAGUAAUGAUGAUAAGAAAAAGGUUGAGACGAAUGAGGAGGAGAAAAAGGAGGUGAACAUGAAUGAGAAAAUGCAGAAUGAGGAAGAUAAAGAAGAGGACAAUAUCAAAAAAGUAAUUAUUUUCGUGAACACAAUUAAAAGGACAAGAGAGCUUUUUACAGUAUUUCGAUAUUUAUUUUUUGACCAAGCUCUAGAAACAUCUUUGCCAAAAAAACAUAGAAGUAAUAUAGUUUUAAAAAACAAAGUAAAAUUCUUUUCUGUACAUUCCCAGCAAAAACUAAAAUAUCGAGUACAAAGUAUAUUCAACUUUUCCCAAAGCAAUUGCAAUUCUGUAUUAUUCUGUACCGAUGUAUUAAGUAGAGGAAUAGAUUUGGACAAAUGCGAUUUGAUUAUUCAGCUGAAUUGUCCAGUCAACGAUGUUACCUUCGUUCAUAGAUCAGGUCGCACGGCUAGAAAUUUCAAGACGGGUAAAUGUAUCUGUUUCGUAGCGGACGAUGAGGUUUCAAAAUGGGCAAACGCCUUAAAAAAAAUAGGAUUAAAUUUUGAAGAACAAAAGGAACUUGAGGAGUUGAAAAGAAUAGACGAUAAAGAUAGCACAAAAAUAAAAAGAGCACUUUUAUAUUGUGCACAAUUGGUGAAAAUGAAUAGGAAAAUGAAAGAAAGAAGUUGUAAACUUUUUUUUCGUAAACUAGCAGAAUUGGCAGAUUUAGAAGGCGAAUGUGAUUUCAGCUCAGAUUCAGAUGAUCAGUAUGCAAACAAGGCUGAUGAGGAAAUUUAUAAGCAAAUGAUUCACUCAAAAAAAAUGUUAUAUAAAAUUCUAUACGAAGACUAA